AUGUCGAUGGUCAAAUCUCUCGAGUCGCACCAAGACCUCAAAAGCUUUAUCGACCGAUUCGAUAACUUCCUGUUCGACUGUGAUGGCGUAAUUUGGCACGGAGAAGAGCUCAUCAAAGGUGUUCGGACAGCCUUGGAACUCCUGCGAAAGUCGAAUAAGAAACUGAUCUUCGUCACCAACAAUGCAACCAAGAGCCGGGAAGCGUUUAAAGCUAAAUUCGAUCGACUCGGUAUUCAAGCUGACCUAGAUGAAAUCUUUGGCUCAGCUUAUGCAACUGCACUUUACCUCAAACGGAUCUUGAAAUUUCCUGACCAUAAGAAAGUAUACGUAAUCGGCGAGAAGGGUCUUGAAGAUGAAUUGGCAAGCGAAAACUUAAGAUUUUGUGGGGGCACUGACCCAGCCGAUAACGAGUUUAUUGACCUGAUGGAUUUUUCCUCCAUUCAGACUGAUCGAGAAGUGGGUGCUGUGAUGUGUGGAUUUGACAUGCACAUCAACUAUAAAAAACUUGCAAAGGCACAUCGGUAUUUGCAUGAAAAUCCGGACUGCCAUUUCAUUUUGACAAACGACGAUUCCACCUUUCCUACUGACGGUUCACUCUUUCCUGGCUCCGGCGCUAUUUCAGCCCCACUGAGAUACGCCAUGCUGGGCAAAAAGGAUCCGAUUGUCGUGGGUAAACCCAACCAACCCAUGCUGGAUUGCAUCCUAGAAAAACAUAAGCUUGACCCAUCUAGGAGCUGUAUGAUUGGUGAUCGAUUGGAUACAGAUAUCGCUUUCGGAAUUAACGGCGGUCUUUCCACCCUCUUGGUCUUAACAGGCGUCGUCACUAGAGCUGACAUAAGCGAGACCGCUGCAAAGAUUUUGCCAGAGUAUGUCAUCGACAGUUUGGGCGACUUUGCGGUAUUGUCACCUUGA